ACUUUUCAGCAAAUGUUCAACUGUUAUAUAUAGAUACCCACAGAGAAUAAAAAAUAUCAGUUGGCAUCUCAAUUAAGCAAAAUGAGUGAUGAAUUACAAAACUAUCAACUGCAGCUCCAACAAGUGGAAGCUGCUUUACUCAGUGAUCCAGACAAUCAGGAAUUACAAAAACUGAAAAUCGAUUUGAAUGAAGUAAUAGAUUUGACUUUAGACCUCAAAAACAAAGCUGAAGAAGCAGCUAAUCAACCAGAAUAUACAGAGCCAGUUGGAGUUGCUGAGGACGAUGAAAUCACGAAGUCGCUGCUUGCUGUUGAAGAAUUUGUUGCACGAAAUAGGGCGAAGAAAAUGUGGCGAGUGGGAGAUAUUUGUAUGGCAAAAUGGAGUGAAAGUGGACAAUAUGUUGAAGCUCGGAUCGAUGUCAUCAAUCCUGAUGGUCAGGUAAAUGUUACAUAUGAAGCUUAUAAGAAUCGAGGUGUUACUACUCUAUCAGAACUUCGUGAAUUCACAGGUCAGAAACGAGUACUCUCUGAAUCUGAGAAAAUGAAGAAAGCAAAGAUGCAUAACAAAGAAUAUUUGAAAAAGAAAAAACUCAAGAAACAACAGAGAUUCAAAGAGUUGGAAGAGGAGAGGGAGUGUGAAAAGAAGAAGUGGCUUGCCUUUGCCAAUAAAGCUGUCAAAAACAAGAAAACAGGCCUAAAGUCAAAAAGCAUAUUUGCCUCUCCUGAUUCAGUUAAUGGUCGUGUAGGAAUUGGAACCUGUGGGAUAAGUGGUAAACCUAUGACUGAAUUCACUACUGCUGAGAAGUGGAGAAAAGGUGUUUGAGACUAUGAACAUUAUAAAAUUUAGGUUAUACUCUCAAGAAUUAUCAUUUCUGAACAAUAAAAGGAAGCUUUUGUAA